UCAAACAAGCACCACAACAUCAGGGAUACCGCUAACACUGCUAUUGCCCCUGUGGUGGCAGCGACUGACCGAUGGCUCUGCUCAAAUCUGGCUGGCUCUGGAGACAGUCUUCAAUCCUCAAACGCUGGAAGCUGAACUGGUGUGACCUCUGGAUAGAUGGGAGCUUUGUUUUUUACACAUCUGAAUCCAGGAGAGACUAUGAGACCAAAGCGAAUCUAAAGAGCGCCUGUGUGAAUGUGAAGUCUGGUCUGGAGUGUGCAGGUGUGUGUCCACCUGAGAGUCACCCGAGAGAGAAUCUGUUGGUUGUCUACCUGAGGGAUGGCUCUAUGCUGAUCCUGUGUGCCAACAGUGAAGAUGAGGCACUGGCCUGGAAACUCACACUCAUGGAGGCCAAAAGAAAUCCAGUUUUCACAUACAAUCCCUAUGACGAUACUUACCAGACCGUUCCCAUUGACAGUCAUAAUGCGGUUUACAUCAUGCCAGGUGCAGGUUGUGGAGGGACUCAGCAUGUCUGGGUGCACAGAAACACCGAUGACAGUUUUGGAGAGCAGAUUGCGUUGGGACUCCUGGCUGGAAUGGCUGCAGGUGCAGCGAUGCGUUCACUUCUAUGGAUGCCCUUCUGGUUCUGCUGAGGGCCAGUCGGGGAGCAGGAGGUUCACUGGAAAUCCAGCGGGAUGAAAGAAUAGACUGGAAGAGUCGUCCAUAAAGCUCAGCGAUAGCAAACGCUCUUGUUCCUGCAUAUAAAUAUGGAAAUAUGAGAAUAGCUGCAGCUGUUUUCAACAACUCUGAAAUCACGACGUCACUCUGUAGGCCAAAACGCGGAAGUGAGUUAGCAUUUUAGCACUCUCGGUUCCCUCGCUUUAAAGCUCUAAGCCUAUGGGAUUUUUGAAUGGGUUUUUGCUAAACCGCCUGAAAUAAGGUCUGUGGUGAACAAAGCCUCUAAAU